GUGCAGCACUCCCGAGUCCAGUGGCCACUCACUGCGUGUGCUUGACUCGCCAUGCCUGAGGAGUGAGGCAGAGGAGGGCCUGCUGCGGAGCAUGGACGGGGAGGAGCAGUUCUUCGACGCCGUCACCGGCUUCGACUCUGCCAGCUCCUCCGGGGAGUUUUCCGAGACGAGCCCCCGAGAUGCCGGGGAGAGCCCCCCGCAGGAAAAUGGGGUCCGGAAGCACAGGACGUCGCUGCCCGCGCCCAUGUUCAGCAGGAGCGACUUCAGCGUCUGGAGCAUCCUGAGGAAGUGCAUCGGCCUGGAGCUCUCUAAGAUCACCAUGCCCAUCGCCUUCAACGAGCCCCUGAGUUUCCUGCAGCGGAUCACGGAGUACAUGGAGCACGUGUACCUCAUACGCAGGGCGUCCUGCCAGCCGCAGCCCCUGGAGAGGAUGCAGUCCGUGGCGGCCUUCGCGGUGUCGGCCGUGGCCUCGCAGUGGGAGAGAACCGGCAAACCCUUCAACCCGCUGCUGGGAGAGACCUACGAGCUGGUCAGGGAAGACCUGGGCUUCAGGUGCAUCUCGGAGCAGGUCAGCCACCACCCGCCCGUCAGCGCCUUCCACUCCGAGGGCCUCGGGCAGGACUUCCUGUUCCACGGCUCCAUCUACCCCAAGCUGCGCUUCUGGGGCAAGAGCGUCGAGGCCGAGCCGCGGGGCACCAUCACGCUGGAGCUGCCUGCGCACCAGGAGGCCUACACGUGGAGCAACCCCACGUGCUGCGUGCACAACAUCCUCCUGGGGAAGCUGUGGAUCGAGCAGUACGGCACGGUGGAGAUCGUCAACCACAGGACCGGGGACAAGUGCGUGCUCCACUUCCGGCCCUGCGGGCUGUUCGGCAGGGAACUGCACCGCGUCGAGGGCCACAUCCAGGACAAGAACAGGAAGAAGCUGUUCGUGGUCUACGGCAAGUGGACUGAGUGUCUGUGGGGCAUCGAGCCCGCGGCCUACGAGCGCUUCCAGAAGGAGGAGCGCAGGGGCGGCGCCCCAAGGGAGCCCAGCCUGGACGGGGACGCGGCGGACGCGGUGCCCGGGGCGCAGGAGUCGGUGCGGGUCAUUCCCGGCAGCAAGCUGCUCUGGAGGGUCAGCAGCCGGCCCCCAAACUCGGCCCAGAUGUACAACUUCAGCAGCUUCACCAUGAGCCUCAACGAGCUGGAGGCGGGCAUGGAGGGGCUCCUGGCGCCCACCGACUGCCGCCUGCGGCCUGACAUCCGCAGCAUGGAGAACGGCGACAUGGAUCUGGCCACUCAGGAGAAGGAGCGGCUGGAGGAGAAGCAGCGGGAGGCACGGAGGGGACGCGCCAGGGAGGACGCCGAGUGGCAGACAAGGUGGUUCCACCGGGGCAAGAACCCGCACACGGGCUCCCCUGACUGGCUGUACACGGGCCGCUACUUCGAGCGGGACUUCUCGGGCUGCCCCGACAUCUACUGAGCGGCUGGGGCCCUCCCGCGGGAACCGGCACUGGCCCCGCCGAGGCUGGACCCGAGAGGCCGUCGGGCCAGGCGUUUCUCCACAAAGCUUCACCGGGACCAGCAUGUCCUCGCGGAGGAGAUGGGGACCCUGCCGCGUGUCCCCGUGGACGGCCGCCACGUGUUCGAAGGCCGGAGCUGGAGCCGGAGCUUGGGAAGGGCCAGAGGUCUGCCCCUCUGGCUUGGGGCGGCUGGAGAGCAGGACUCGCGUCCACCGCCCCAGUUGGCCACCGACAGUGCUGAGCACUGGCACAGCGGGGAGGGGACUUGCCUGGCACGCGGCCCACCUGGGUCUGGUUCCCGGUACUCGGUGUGGCCCCCUAAGCCCUGUCAGGAGGACCUCUGAGUGGAGAGCCAGGAGUGAGCCCUGAGCACUGCCACGUGUGGCCCAAAGACCAAAAAAAGAAAGGAAAAAGGAAGUUAUUUGGUGCUGGAGCGAUGUACAGCUGGGAGGGCACUUGCCUGGCACGCCGCCCACCCGGGUUCAGUCCCCGGCAUCCCGUAUGGCCCCCGAGCACCACCAGGAGUAAUUUCUAAGCACAGAACCAGGAGUGACCCUUAGCAUUGCUGGGUGUGACCAGAACACAAGAAAACUCCCAGAUUCCUGCCCCCGCCCACCACAGGCCACAGGCAGCCCUGCGCUGGCCCUGACGCUGUCCCCGGGGCCUCAUGCUGGUGCAAGGACACUGU